GCUGAGCUCUGUUGCAAGUAGUCGUAGUUUCGGCUAGCAUAAUUUCUCAUACUAACAGUGCUGGACAUACAAAAGAUUUAGCUUUUAAAAAUUGAGUGAGUCGUCUUCGUGCUAAACGAUCUUUAACACGACCUGUCCGCAACCAGGAAACGACAACAAAAAAGUUUCCCGCCUGGUUUUAUUAUCAAUUAGCCCCUUCCACCAUUGCAGACUGUAUUUAAAUAACUAUGAGACGAACAAGAGGUUCAAGAAAUAACAUUAAGACCGCCUUAGAAAAUGGAGAAAUUCAGUCGAGAACAGUGUGGCAGUGGAAGGGAGAUGAAGGACAGUGGGAGUCGUACUCACCUGCAGCCUGCACCUUACUGGACUCUGCCAUCUUAUCGGGGAAGACGUCUGUCACCCUGAAUCUGGGCUCAGGGACGGCAUAUGAAAUUGAUCUAAAGAAGAUGGUCCAAAUUAAUCCUGUCACAAAGUACAAGAGGAAAAUCCGCUCUCAGACUGUAAAACCAGAAGCUGGUGAUGAAAAAACAGUUCAAGUUAAAGAGGAAGAGGAGGAGACUGAAGAGCAGCCUGCAACUAAGAAGAGGAGAGGACAAAGCAAGAAUCAGAAAACAGCAGACGACAUGCCCAAAGAGGAAAUAAAAAGUGAAGAGGUUGUGAGGACGGUGGUGAUGAAGGGCAAAGCUCCGGUGGAUCCUGAAUGCAAAGCUAAACUCGGAAAGGCGCAUGUUUACAUUGAAGGAAAUGAUGUCUACGACGUUAUGCUGAACCAGACAAAUCUUCAGUUCAACAACAACAAAUACUACCUGAUCCAGCUGCUGCAGGACGACCACUCCAAGGCUUACAGCGUGUGGAUGAGAUGGGGCAGAGUUGGCAAAGUGGGUCAGAACAGCCUCACAGCCUGUGGUGGAGACCUGCUGAAAGCCAAAGACACCUUCAAAAAAAAGUUUUUGGACAAGACGAAGAACGAGUGGGAAGACCGAGGUCAUUUUCAGAAAGUAGCUGGAAAGUAUGACAUGGUGUUUAUGGACUACAGUACAAAUGAAAAGGAGGAGAAUGAGACCACGGUUGAUGCUCCACCCAAAAAGAGGACCUGCAAGCUAGAUGCAAAGGUUCAGUCUCUCCUUGAGCUCAUAUGUGACCUCAAAGCCAUGGAGGAGUGUGUGCUGGAGAUGAAGUUUGACACCCGGAAAGCUCCUCUUGGCAAACUGACCUCAGAGCAGAUCCGUGCAGGCUACGCCGCUCUGAAGAAAAUCGAGGAGUGCUUGAAGAAGAAGGGCAGCAGUAAGCAGCUGCUGGAAGCAUGCAACCAGUUUUACACCCGCAUCCCACAUGACUUUGGGCUGAAAACUCCCCCAAUCAUCCGCACAGAAGAUGAGCUAAAGGAGAAAAUUGCUCUGUUGGAGGCACUAAGUGACAUCCAGAUUGCAGUGAAAAUGGUCCAGUCCAGUGCAGAUAGUGAUGAACAUCCUCUGGACAGACAGUACCACUCCCUUCAGUGUAAACUGCAGCCUCUGGACUCCAGCAGUAAUGAGUUUAAGGUAAUAGAGAAGUACCUCAAGUCCACUCACGCCCCCACCCACAGUGACUACACCAUGACUGUCACCGACAUCUUCUCAGUGGACAGAGACAAGGAGAGCAGCAACUUCCAGUCACACUUGAGCAACAGGACUCUGCUGUGGCAUGGUUCCCGACUCUCUAACUGGGUCGGCAUCCUCAGUAAGGGCCUCCGAGUGGCCCCACCUGAAGCCCCUGUCACUGGUUACAUGUUCGGUAAAGGUAUCUACUUUGCUGACAUGUCGUCAAAAAGUGCCAACUACUGCUUUACAAACCAAAGCAACGACACUGGACUGCUGCUCCUGUGUGAGGUUGCCCUUGGAGACAGUAAUGAGCUGCUGGACGCCGACUAUGAGGCCAGUAACCUGCCUGCUGGAAAACACAGCACCAAGGGCCUGGGACAGACUGGACCCGACCUCAAAAACUCAGUCAUGCUGGAUGGUGUGACAGUGCCAAUGGGGCCCGGGGUGAAAACAGGAGCUUGUAACUCCAGCGGUUAUUCCCUCCUCUACAACGAGUUCAUCGUUUACAAUCCAGCACAGAUCCGCAUGAAGUACCUGCUGCGGCUCAAGUUCAACUAUUCUUCUCUCUGGUGAAAACUGUGGAAAUCUGGGGCUCCCACAUUCAUGAAGCGAAGAGGACGCCUUCGUGUUCCAUGUACAGUUUUCUCCACUUCUUUCUGAGUUUAAGGGAUAUGUAUUUAGACCACACCACACUUGGCAGAUAUUGACUUUGCCGGCAGUAAGCUGCAGCAAUUCAUGAAUAAACUGAUUUAUCAACUGGUGGAAAAAAAUAAUCUGGGUACUUGAAUAUGUUUUGGAUUGACUUAUCGUGUAAAACUGAAGCAACAUUUUCAACACUUGGGAAAAAAAAAACACAUUUAUUGAUGUAAUACUCAUCAAAAUAACUGACAUACAAACUCCUUAAGUCAUAGGACUUUUUCUUCAUUU